AAUAGAGUAAAUCUCUCUCUCCCUUGAAAAUUUUCUCUCUCUCUGUAAAACAAGUUGCUACUGGGUGUUCUAUUUUCUUUCUGUAAUCUGGGGAUAAGAAAUGGAGAGAAGUUCCAUAUUCUUGAUGGGAAUUCUGGUCAUGUGUUGCGGGGCAGCCAUGGCAGAAGAAGAGUAUAUGAAAUAUAAAGAUCCUAAACAACCAAUAAAUAUUCGAAUCAAGGACCUGAUGAGCCGGAUGACUUUGAAGGAAAAGAUCGGCCAAAUGACACAGAUAGAACGUAGUGUAGCAUCAACCGAGGUCAUGAAGAAGUAUUACAUUGGGAGUGUAUUGAGUGGUGGAGGUAGUGUGCCUGCUAAACAGGCUUCUGCUGAGACUUGGGUUGACAUGGUGAAUGAUUUCCAAAAGGGUUCAUUAUCCAGCCGUCUAGGGAUACCAAUGAUUUAUGGUAUUGAUGCUGUUCAUGGUCACAACAAUGUGUACAAGGCAACGAUUUUUCCUCACAAUGUUGGUCUUGGAGCUACAAGGGACCCUGUACUGGCCAAAAAGAUUGGAGCUGCAACUGCCCUUGAAGUUAGAGCAACAGGCAUUCCUUAUGCUUUUGCACCUUGUAUUGCGGUAUGUAGAGAUCCAAGAUGGGGUCGGUGUUAUGAAAGCUACAGUGAAGAUCACAAGAUUGUUCGAGCAAUGACUGAGCUCAUACCAGGAUUGCAGGGAGAUGUCCCUUCUAAUUCUCGAAAGGGUGUUCCCUUUCUUGCUGGAAAGCAAAAGAUUGCAGCAUGUGCCAAGCACUAUGUAGGUGAUGGUGGAACAACUGAAGGCAUUAAUGAAAACAAUACUGUGACAAGCAUGCAUGGAUUGCUCAGCCUCCAUAUGCCAGCGUACUAUGACUCAAUUAUCAAGGGUGUGGCAACUGUCAUGAUCUCUUACUCGAGCUGGAAUGGGAUAAAAAUGCAUGCUAAUCACGGCCUUAUCACUGGCUAUCUUAAGAACACUCUACAUUUCAGAGGUUUUGUCAUUUCAGAUUGGCAGGGUAUUGACAGAAUAACUUCUCCACCUCAUGCUAACUACACACAAUCCAUUAUGGCUGGUGUUAGUGCUGGCCUUGACAUGAUCAUGGUACCAUACAACUACACACAAUUUAUUGAUGGCCUAACCUUUCUGGUGAAGAAUAAAUUCAUCCCUAUGACCCGAAUUGAUGAUGCAGUGAAAAGGAUUUUACGGGUAAAGUUUGUGAUGGGUCUGUUUGAGAACCCUCUGGCUGAUUAUAGCAUGGCCAAGUACCUAGGAAGUCAGGAGCAUAGAGAACUGGCAAGGGAAGCAGUGAGAAAAUCUCUUGUGCUGCUGAAGAAUGGCGAAUCUGCAGAUAAGCCGGUGCUACCCUUUCCCAAGAAGGCAUCAAAAAUACUCAUUGCUGGAAGUCACGCAGACAAUAUUGGCAAUCAGUGCGGUGGGUGGACAAUUGAGUGGCAGGGAAUUAGUGGCAACAUCACAGUUGGCACCACAAUUCUCACUGCCAUAAAAAAUACAGUUGACCCAAAAACAAAAGUUGUGUACAAAGAAAACCCUGAUGCUGCAUAUGUCAAGUCCAACAAAUUCUCCUACGCCAUUGUUGUAGUUGGAGAGCCACCAUAUUCAGAGACAGACGGAGACAGCUUGAAUUUAACUAUUACUGACCCUGGCCCGAGCACCAUCACAAACGUCUGUGGUUCUGUAAAAUGUGUUGUUAUCCUUAUCACUGGCCGUCCAGUUGUGAUUCAACCCUACAUUAACAAUAUUGACGCCCUUGUAGCUGCUUGGCUACCGGGAACUGAAGGCCAAGGUGUUGCUGAUGUUUUAUUCGGUGACUAUGGUUUCACUGGCAAGCUUCCUCGUACUUGGUUCAAGACUGUUGAUCAGCUCCCGAUGAAUGUUGGGGAUCGACACUAUGAUCCUCUGUACCCUUUUGGAUUUGGACUCGCAACCAAGCCAACCAAGGCCACCUAGAAAUCUUGGUUGGUGGAGUUUUUCAUUGUGUGAACUGAUUCAUUGUUUCACAUUGGCAACAGGGUCAACAUCUUUAUUUCAAUAAGAACAAUGAAAGGGUUCAAAGUUUUGAUAUGUUUGAGGCCCUUACUAUAGGGUGGAGCUAGGAUUUCUUUUCGAGGGUGGCCAAAUAGUGACAAAACAUGAUAUUUUUAUU